GGUAAAUGAAGUCUUCUAGAAUCGUUUGGGGAAUAAAAUUCUAGCCAAGCAUUCUGAGCGCAUGCGCUUUCACGUAAUUGUACGUGGAGACAGAAGUGUUAGAAUGAAACUUCUUGAUGUAAACAUAUCCUUCAAAGACUAAACUCAUAUUAAACACAACAUGCGAAACAUAUUGCUUGACUCUAUAAAUAUUCUUUACCUUAUAUUAUAAAUGGGUUUAAUAAAUGGAGGAAAUAUAUUCUGACGUCCUAUAUCUCAGAUAAUUUAGAAAUUUGUCUAUUUGCUUCAACAUGGCAACUAUGGACAAACUAAUGAAAGCUCUUGAAGCAUUAAAAGUUAUUCAGCCAUCUAGCUCCACUGAAGAUGCGUCGUCUAAUUUUAGAAAGAAAGAGACAACCACUUGUUCGAAAGAUAAAAUCUUGCAUUGUAGUGUUGUUGCUGAUGCAAUAUGUUCUCAUAGUCUGAGAUCUUCUGCUGAUUUCCCAAAAGUUUUAGGUCUUGCUAUGGAUACAUUUUUGCUUUGCUGUGAUGAUGAAAAUUCAGAUGUUCGCUUAAUGGCUGAUGAAUGCUUAAAUCGAACUAUAAAAUCUCUAUUAGAUUCCCAUUUGGGACGUCUCCUUGUUGAACUUUUUAAAGAAAUUAAGAAGUGCGGUCCAUCACGAAGUCUUCGAGCUGCUUUAAGUCGUUUUGGAGAUAUUUGUCAUUUGAUGAGACCACAAAAGUGCAGACCAUAUACAGUGAAUUUAAUACCAGCAUUAGUUAAAAUUUGUCAACGGAAAGAUGAAGAAUCUGUUCAAGAAACUCUGGCAAUAACAUUUACAAAACUUAUGCCUGUAUUGGGUCAGUAUACGAAUGAUAAAGAUAUAAAGACUUUGUUAAAGGUAUUUUUACCUAAUCUGACCUCCAAUUCUGCAAUCAUACGACGUGCCGCUGCAACUUCUUUAACGUGUGUGUGCCAAUAUUCUCGUCGACCUGCUUCAUUUUUUUCAUGGUUGCUUUUAGGAUUAUUUGAUAUAAUUCUUCCUGUUCAAGAGGAACACUCAGUCUAUGUUAUUCUUGGAGUUCUUGUUUGUAUGAGAUAUAUGCUGCCGCAUUUAAAUGAAUCUAUGCUUGCCCCAAGUUUCAGAAACAAUGUCAGUAAUUUGCAAAAUGAUGAAGAUGUUGGUGUAACCAAAGAGAUGCUUCUAAAGGUUUACGAAAUAAGUCUGCAUUUUUGCCAUCAUUCAGAUCAUAAUGUUGUUACUUCAACUUUAGAAACCUUGUAUCAGCUAUUAAAAUGUGCUCCUAAUCAGAUGCAACAAGUACUGGUGUCUCCUUUUGGCAUUACAAAGUCAUGGAUCUUUGAAACACCAAAAUUAAACAGAAUUAUUAGUGAAAGUCAAAACAGUAUACUUCCCACUAAUAUCUCCUUAGAUGAAUCAGCUUUAGUUGAUGAAUUAGAUGAAUAUAUGCCAGAAAAUAAAGCUGAUAAUCACCUUUCUUAUGAUCAAGAUAUGAAUGAUAACUACAGCCAGAGCAUAGAUUCAUCUUUAAAUUUUGAUUCAGAAUCUGAAAAUUCAUUUGCUGAUUCCAAUUCACUUUUUAGACAUGGCAGAGAAAACUACUUUUUUGGGAGUGCUGAAGCUAGACGUAAUACUUUUAAAAAUGGAGCAAGUGAUGAAGAUAUGUUAGACACAGAUGAUGAAUUUUGGGGUCUUAACACAUCUACACCUUCUCCUGGACCUCUAUUGAAAACUGAAUUCAAAGUUGGAAACAUUGGUGCAUUUACAGAUUCUGAUAUAGCUCUCAAGUAUUGUACAAGACUACUUUGCUCAUCAUUUUUGUUGAAUGGGUCACCAAGUGGUACUGUGCCUGAUCGUAAUGUAAAAGUUAGCGUGAAAUCAUUAGCUUUUGGUUGCUUAAGCUAUAUAUUCUCUUUAUAUCCAAAUGGAUUUUUUCUGCAACUAUACAUUGAAAAGUUUGAUGGGUCACAUUUAACAGAUUCUCAAAGAAUUUGGGAUGUGAUUUUAUAUUCUUCUCAUCCUGAUCCACAUAUUAGAGGACAAGCAGCAAUUUUAAUUGGUCACCUCCUUGCUAGUGCAUUAAGAAGGGCAGGAGGCUCGUGGAGUAAAUGGGUAGCAUCACUCACUGAAUCAGAUGCCCCUGCAUUGCAAUUUCUUUUGUCUAAACUGCUAUGUGUUGUGAAAGAUGAUUCUUCGUUGGCAUCCCGACUUGGCUUGCUUGGAUUAAAACAGUGCUCGAGUUUUCUCUUAAACUCAAUGGACGCAAUUGAAUCAUUUCAUUUUCUGGAUAUCUUAUUGUCUGUAAAAAAUAAUGCAUAUUGGCUCACCAAAGUAGAAUUAGCUGAACUGAUUUCCUCUUUACCAUUUAAAGCAGUGCAUUAUUUAGAAUUCAAACAUUCUAAGUGUUCUUUCUCAAAUGACACGUAUUACCAAGACAAGAUGCUCAAGGAAAUUUUGAUUUCUUUACUUGGAGAUGAAGAUGCCCGUGUACGGUUGGCAUCAGCUAAGGCUUUUCUAAAUUUAAUUCCUGAGCUGUUUUUUCCAAUAAAUCAUCCAAACAAUGACACUGUAACUGCUAUUGCCAAGGAAAUGACUGAUUGUUAUCUUGAUGUAUCUUUUAAAGAUCCAUUUAGUUUUGGAUUUCCUCUUGUCCAUGCUCUUGUGAAGCCAUUUUCCAUGAAUUCUAGUACUUUCACUAAAGUAAUUGAUACAUCUUUAUCCCGAAUCAUUGAUUUACUUGUCUCUACUCUACGUCUGAGUAAUAAUAAGUAUUUAGUGUAUGGCUGCUGUAAUGCUCUGAGUUGUUUGGCUGAAAAAUACUCUGUGACUGCUUUUCCCGAAUCUUGGGCUAUAACUUACUGUGAUUUCAAAGCUGAAAAAAUUUUAAAUGAGGCAUUCAAGCUACAUACUCAAUGUUCAACCAAUGAGAUACUAGAGAUAGAUACUUCAUUAGGAGUUGAUAGCUUUUCAGAUUUAUUGUGUCAUUUAAUUUCUCUUGUCACAAAUACAUCUUUAUGCCUGGACCUUAUUGCUCAUCAGCAUGCUUUACAUCUGGUUGGAAAUCUUCUUUGCGGUGUUUGGUAUAGGCUUAAUGUGGAGAAACAUAAAAAUUCAAAUGCUGGAUCUCAAGAUAGCAAAAUAGAUUCCUAUCUUUCAAUAGUUGUAGGAAAAAUAUUUCUUCACGUAAUGAGGUUAUUAAAUAUUUAUACCCAUGUCUUAGAAGAACAGUAUCCAAUCUCACAUACCAAUCGCACGGCUUUGCCUUCUUUGCCAAAUGCACCAUCCUUAAGUCCAAUUAAGAGAAAAAAUAAAACGAAAGAUGAUACACCUACAGCAAGCCCAACUUUGAAAGGAUCCCCUAUUAAAAUACCUGAUAAAAUAGACAUAGAGAAAGAAAGAUCUGGUAGUAGAAUAUCUGGCAGUUUUGGUCUUUUUCACUCCCAUCCUUUGUACAUGAAACUGUUUGAUAUACUCAGAGGAACUUAUUGCAGUUACAAGAUCUCUAUGGAUUUUCAAAGUAAUGAAAAAUUUUGUCAACUGCUGCAUUGUUGUCUAGAAGUAAUGUGUCAAAUUCUUGAAAUAUGUGAUUCUACUGAAAUGGGCAAAAAUGCAGAAGAAAUUUUAUGUUAUUUAAAAUCAAUUAUGGUGAUGGAACCUAGUUCAUCUGUACAGUGUGUGAGACAGCUUUUGAAAUGUCUUUUUGGAACAAAUUUGAUGAUGUUAUGCCAAGAAGCUCAAAUGGUUUCAGGAAUUAAUAAAAAUUGUGACAGUCCAAAUAGAUUAUUUUCAUCUGCUCCUGGUUUAUAUUAUACAAUUAUCUCCCAUCCAUAUUCUCUAUUUACGCAUGCUUUAGCUGAAAAAGCCAUUAGAGUUUCUGGUGAAAAAGUUAACAAUGUAGUGAGUUUCAGAAGUUUAAAUUGGGUUAAAAAAGGAAGUGACAAGGUUACAAUAUUAUUGAAAUCUGGUGCCAAGUUAGAAAAAUCUAGUCUUGCCAACCAUAUUAGACUAUUUGAAGGAGUUGUGAUUAAAUCCUUACAACAGUAUACAAUUUCAAGUGAUGUAAAUCUCCAAUGUGAAGUUCUAGACUUACUUGCCCAAUUAGUUCAGUUACGAGUAAAUUAUUGUCUUCUUGAUGCUGAUCAAGUAUUUAUUUCUCAUGUGCUUAAGCAAUUUGAGUACAUUGAAGAAGGACAAAUUCCGAAUGCUGAAGCUUUGAUUGGACGUAUUUUCUAUUUUUUGAUUUUGUUGUCUUAUGAACGAUUUCACUCAAAAAUGGUUGUAACAGUUCCUCAGAUUCUUCAACAUUGUGAUCGAUUGAUUGCUAGUGGGCAAUCUCCUGAAAAAUAUGUUGUGCCUGCUUUAAAGCCUGUUAUAGAAGAUUUAUUCCUACUCAGAAGCUUAAAUAAGAUGGAUGUGAGUAAGGAAUUAGAUGCUCAACGUGAAGUUAUUGUUUCUCAAGUUUUCAAGCUCGUAAAUUAUGCACAGGUUUUAGAACUUUUCUCUUUAUUAAUUACUCACAGUCGGCAAGAAGGAGAAGAUAAAUGGAAAAAGACUUCUCGUCAGGUUGUUGAUGCUAUUUUGCCUCUACUCUCCCGACAACAGAUAGCGAUCGAAAAUCAAGGGCAACUAAACCUGUUGCAUAAACUCUUAGAGGAUGUUGCUUCUAAUGUGUUUAGACCAGUAGAUAUUCUUUUGAAAGCACUAUUUUUUCAGCCUAGAGAUUUGACUGUGUCACCAUAUAUUAACAGAUGGAUGUGUAUGAUUCUUGCUGUCUUGAGAAUAUUGAUUAGUCAAGCAAAUGAAGAAGCUAUAUUAUCUCGAUUGGAAGAUAUGGGAAUAACAGUUAAAAUAUAUAAGUUAGAAUUGUCUCACAAUAUGAGGUGUGAAAAAGAAUUAUCUGAGAAUGUUUCUGGCCAUUAUACUGAAUAUUUACCUAGUGCUGUAUUCGCUAGGUUUUUAUUUCAAGUUCUUGGUGUUGUUGUGGAAUCUUUGUGCAAUCAUGCGUACAUGUAUACUCUAUCAUUUACUCAUAAUACAUUUUUGUGCCAACAAGCUGCUCAUUUGCUUCUUUAUCUUACUCACAUGUUCCAGUCAGGUACUUUCAGAAGUGUUACAAAUUCAGCUAUGGGCAUUAUUAAAAAUGAAGCAGGAGACCAAGAUCUAUGUACUAAAUAUAAUGUCUAUUAUUCUGUAUCUGAAUUAGAAAUAUUUUUUCAUAAAAUAGCCCCAUUUUAUCCAACUUUGGUUAUACAAUGGUGUAAUUUGUUAACACUUUUGAACUAUGACAGUCAAACAUUUUGGUCUACAAUUGUGCACCCUUGCCAAGACUUGGUACCUAUUCAAACAAAACCUUGUUCAACCUUGUUAAGACUGGAACAAGAAUUAUUUCUUCCUUGCAAUUUAGAAAUGGUUCAUAGGGGUGGAAUCAUUCUUCUCUGUGAUUACAUGUGUGACAAUCCUAAUGAUGUUGUCCAAAUGACAUGGCUAAUAGUGAAUCAUGUAAAUCAUAUUAUUGAUUUAUCUGCAGAAACAACUGUACUAGAUUUCCUCAGUGCAAUUCAUCGAAAUCCAGCUGCCAGUGGCCUUUGGAUUCAAGCAAUUAUAAGUGCUUAUCGCAAAAAAGAUAUUAAGCCAACAUUUUGGAAGAAAGCUUUAAAUUGCUUAGAGAAUAUUCAUCCAUCUCAGUCUGGAAAACUUUUAAGCCUUUUGAUUGAUCAUUUUAUUUUCACUCAUCAUAUUUUGAUUUCCAAUUUGUGUGAUAGAAUGGCUUGUAAAAAAUUAGAAUUUUUGAUUUCGGAUCCCAGCUCAAGUCAACUUACGCCAUUAGAUAUUGAAAGAAUGGUCAAAAGUUUGGAAACUAAUGGUAUUGUUAACAGGCAUAGAAAGUUCCUUUCAUUAUGCGAAAAAUUAAAAGCAGUUUUAGGAAAUACAAUUGAUGAUUCCUCUCACCCUCUCUCUCAACACUCACUUCUAUGUAUUCAGGAUAUAAGUUUAACCAAAGAAUGGUACACAAUGUUUGUAAAGAAACAAUGUUAUAGUAGUUUGUCUCCUGCCAAAGAAUGUGCUCAUUUAUUGAGUAAUUUUAAGUAUGAAGAUAUUGUAGCCAUCAUGAUUUCAAAGGAUUUCCAACUACCUGUGUUAGAACAUUGUUUAGAAUUAGGAUCCCAACUUAUGGCUUCUUCUGAGAAGUAUUUAGGUACAAGAUGUAAUGAUCCAUUUGUAGGUGUCAUAGAAAGUCCAGGAAGUGCAUUAUACCGUGCUGCCCAAACUGUUUAUUUACAGCAUUUAACUGAUUUUGCCUCUUUGCUGCCUAAGACUUUAAAACAUCUUUCUAAGUUGCAUACAUUGUUUACAGAAAAACCAUUUUGGGAAAUUUUAUUUUUUCUUGUUCCUUGUUCAUCUACAUUCUUGAGUUCAUUGGAUAUUUUACCUGAUAAAAGCAUUCCUGAAAACUCCCAAGAUGAUAUAAUAUUAUUGAGCAUCAUAUGCUGUAAGGCAGCUGUGUGGCAUACAAAGUUUUCCUCCUCAUCAUCAUCAGAAAUGAUCAAGUUAACUUUACUUUUAUUGGAUAAAGUUUUAAAAAAAUCUGAAUUGACUCCAAUUGUGAACUCUUAUCAUCCAUGUUUGCAAAUGUACUCGUGCAUAUCCUCUAUUCAUCAUCUAAUUAAUUAUUUACUACAAGAUUGUGCUGUUCCUAAAUUUGACUCACAGUUAUUAUCAGAACAACACUCUCUCACACAAGAAGAAUCUCUUGCUCGUAAUUCAUGCAUUCAAAUAGUUGAAUUAAUUGACUGCCUUGAGAAGCAAUCAAGUUUACUCUUUCAAAUACCUGAACAAUUAUUCAUUCCAUUGAAAAGUGUUAUAAAAGGCUUAUCAAGAUUACCUUUGGUCAAUAGUUUUGCUCGAACACCACCUAUAUUAUGGAGUUUGGGUUGGAAGCCUGAGUUAUCUGGUGACUUCAAAACAACAGUGCCUCCUCCUCCUGGAGAAUAUUUGCAAGAUCGAGAUGUUUUAAAACAGUACAUUUAUCGAAUAAAUGUUCUUGGUUGGAUCACAAGGCAGCAGUUUGAAGAAACUUGGAUGGCACUGCUUGGUGUAUUGAGUGCAACUCCAGUAGAUGAUGUAGAUGGUAAAGAAGAAGAUCAAGAAAGAAUAAGAACUAGUUGUCUAGCAGUUAAAAGUAUUACUUCUUUGUUACUGCAAACUUUGCUGCUUCCACAACCUGGGAACCCUCACAACAGUCAAUUUUUACUGCAACCUCGAGAUAAGCCUUUGGCAUUUCAACAUACUAAGUGUGGCAAAAAGCUUAUGUCUGUACGUCUUCCUAUCUACACUGCAUUACAACAGCUUUUAAACUGUGAGAGAGUUGGUGAUCUAAUUUUAAACAUUAACCCAGAAAGAAUCAGUACUCCCAAUCAAUAUUCCUUGAGUCAGGUUUCUUUGGAGUAUUUAAAUGCUGCAGCUGGAUUAGUUGAAGAUAAUGAAGACCCAGAUGGAUCAGCAUCAUCAAAUUCUAGUCCUAUAUCUACAAAUGUCGGGGGUGUUGCAAGCUUUCAGCAAAGAGAACAAUCUUUAUCUAAUGGAGGAUUAGAUAUCCAUUCAUGUUUGCAUUUUCUUCUUGAUCUUUACAGUCAGUGGUUAUCUCCUCAGACAUGCCCCUUCACACCUCUCAUGUUAUUAACUGAAGUCACAAAAUCUGUUGUUGCGCUGUCAGAUAUUUUCAUGGAAAAAGCACAGUUUGAAUGGAUGCUUGAUACAUUUUUAGAAGUUCAACGAAUUCAUCCUGCUGAAGAUGAAAUGAUUGCUCAAUAUCUCAUUUUUGGAAUUUGCAAAGCUGCUGCAGUUUUGGGUGUUGAACAAGAUUUACUUGAUCGAUUAAAAAAACUUCUAGAAUUAAAUUUGAAAAGCACAUUUCUUCCAACUAGAAUCUCUUCUUUACAUGGAAUUUUAUAUUUAUUGGAACAAGGAGGGGGUGAUGAUGCUUUUCCUAUUUUGCCCACAGCAACAGAAUAUGUUUUAAAACAUUUUGAAAAUACUAAUUUGCAAAAUCCUUUUUGUGAUAAUGAAGAACAUGUUUUGAUGUUAUGGGCUGUUACAUUUUAUAUAAUGGAAAAUUAUCAUGAAGAUAUUGCUGCAGAAGAAUUUCCUCAAAAAAUUUAUGAGAUUUGCCAUAAUAUCUGUGUAUCCACUGAUGACUGUUGUUCAAGUUCUGUGUAUUUAACUGUUCUCCAUGGUUUAGAACGUCUUUUAGUAGCUGAAAUUUUAACUGGGAAAGAAGCAAAUGUUUUGCUUAAAUUAACUGUUGAUAGGAUACGAAGUGGAACGCCUAUUACUUCUUUGGCUGCCUUAGGUUUUUUUCUUUCAUGCAUGUAUAUAGGCAAAAGUACAAAUAUGUGGUCGAAUGAACUGGUUCCUGACACUUCUAAGAUUACAGAAAAAACACAAACUGCUGCGAGACAGAUAGAUGCUGAAUUUUUGCUUGUUGCUAUGGAGCGUGUUACAACACUAUUUGAUAGAGUAAAAAAAGCCUAUCCUUUUGAAGCAGACAUUAUAUGUGAGAUAUUGCCUAGCUUCCUGAUGGAAUUUUUCCCAGUACAGGAAGUUCUGAAUAAAAUCAUAACAGAAUUUUUGUCUAGUCAACAGCCACAUUCUCAAAUCAUGGCUAAAGUAAUUUUUGAGGUUUUUCAAUAUCUUCAUAAGCAAUCACAGGAAGAAAUAGUGCAUGAAUGGGUUUUAUUAUCACUAUCAAAUUUUAUGCAGCGAUCACCUCUGUCUAUAGCAGUUUGGAGUCUCAGUUGUUUCCUUAUAAGUGCAACAGCUAAUCAUUGGUUUCAAGCAUUAUUUCCUCAUGUACAAAAUAGGAUGGGGAAAAUGGAAGAAGAAGAUAAAAUACUCUUCUGUAUCGCUGGUGUCAACUUUAGAAAUCAAUUACAAAGUGAUGAACAGAAGCAAGCCUUUUUCAAUACUAUUCGAAGUGUUGCUCUUCCUCACACACCUUAUGCUGAUCUCCUUCAAUGUUUAUAAUAGUUUAUUUCUUUAUAAUUUUUGUGAACUAAUUUUGUUUUAAAAAUGCACAAUCCUAUGCAUACUAUUAGCUAAUUUUAUUUUUGUAAGUUUCAUGUCUCACAUUCAUUAUUACUUAAACAAGAAGUAGUCAACAAAAAAAAAAUGCAAUAAGUUAUUAUUUUAUUUUUAAAAAAAUAUAAGUGUAACUAAACUUAGUAAUUUGUUAUUUAAUUUUCUGUAUCUAAAUAGUUAGGCUUAGUGCUGAGGAUGAAUGAGGUUCUAAAAUAAGCUUUACACUUGCAUUGUAUAAUUCUUCUGAUUUUUUUUACAUAAGUAUAUUUACAGUUUUAGAGAAAUAAUAUAUGUAUAUAUUUAAAUGUAUUUAUUCACUUUAAGCAAUAGGCUGUUAUGUAAAUGUGUAUAUAAUAUAGAUAAAUUUAUUUUUAUGAAAAUUUUAAAUAUAAAUAUCUGUACAUAUUCCUGAAUCAGAAUAUAGGCAUAUAAUGAAUUUAUUAAAUUAUUUUUCAAACAAAUUCAUUUGUGAUGUUAAAGUGAAUAUACAUCACAUAUAUAAAGUGAAUAUAAUAAGAAUGGGAAAAUAUAGUUUUUCAAUUAAAAAAAGUGUCUCAAAACUUUUGCAAGAUUUGAAUUAAAUAAAAAGCACAGUUUUUUUUCUAAUUAUAAUUUUUUUUUCAUUAAAACAAAUCACAUGAUUGAGGGGGCCAAUUUUGAUCAUUGAAAUGAAAGAAUGCAUGGCCUGGAAAUGUCUCAUGAAGCAAAUUAGAUAGAUUGACAAGCAGUAUGGCAUGUUGCACUGUCUUGUUGAAACAUACGAGUAUUGGAUGGCCUCUCUGAUUAAUGUCCCCAAUUGAUCCAGUCUCCUUAAAUUUUUCAAUAACUCUCUUCAUAGUUGACAAAGUCAAACCAACAACUGUAGCAUUGCGAACUGUAGCAGCCAAAUUUUCAUUAUUUUUCAAACAUUAUUCUACAAUAGAAACACUUUGUUAUUUCAUAUAGUGCUGCUUUUUGAAUAACUCUAUACAGUUUCCUGUCAAACUAUAUUGGUUGUCAAUACAAAAUUAAUUAAUUUUCUAUUUAAUUCAAAUUUUGCAUGAAGUUUGAGAUACCUGUUAUUAACUGUUUAACUAAAAUGUGUUAUUUUUAUUUUCUGAUAUUUCCACUAAUUAAAUUUAAGUGUUUGCCGCUAUUUAGUAAAAAAUGCAUAAAUAUUUAUAUACUGUACUUGUAUACAUUUAAAGUGGCAAUUAGCAUGCUAAGAAAGAAGCACAAGUCGAAGAGAGGCACAAGGGAAAAUUGCCAAAAAAAGCUCCAAAAGGAAACAUAAAUUGUUUCAAUGUUUACUUACUGAAAAUAGUCGUAUGAAAAAGAAAGGCAUAUAAAAGAUGUAUAACGUAUGAUGUCACUACUUUAAAGAAGUUAGUGCCUAAAUUAUAUAAGUUUUGUUCCUAAAUUUUUAAUGAGGUUAGAACCUUAUUUAUGUGUAUCCGGCAAAAAGAUGCGAUGUAAUUAUUAUUUUCUUUUUAAAGCAUCUUAAUCUUUUAAUCUCUUUUGACUUUUACACUACCUCAACAUAGCACUUUAAAUUGUUAUUUUAAAAAUUACCUGUAUUUACAGAACCUUAUAAGUUUUUAUUUUAUGUUCUAUUUCAUUAAAGCUAAAAUGCUUAUUUAGUGAAAUUAAGGAGUAAUGAUAAAAAAUUUUAAACUAAAAGUAAAUUAAUUGGCAAUUGGCCACUUUUUUAUACUUCUUUUCAUUCCAGUUUUUAAAAUGUUUCUGCUGUUUAGUGACAUGGUCUGCAAUCUUUUUUUCUUAGAUUAUUUAAUUUUCAUUUUAUGUUACAGUUCAAUUAUUUGCCAUUUCUGCUCAGGGUUGGAUUUUUACCAGGGAGAAACCUGGUAAAUACUAUUAACCCAUAUUUAUUUAUUUAUAGAUAUAAUAGUUUGUUAUUUAUAACUGAUAGGAAUAUAUAUUAUUUCCAUAUUAUAGUUAAUAUUAAGAAUUAUUAAAUAUUUAUGAAUAUGUAUAUGAGCAAGUAACAAACCAUUGGACAGUAAUAUGAUGUGAGCUAUCUCUUAAAUUGUAAUUAUAAAGCUAAUUUGUCACAUAACCAGUUGAGGUAAAUCUUCUUAAAAACUUAGAAAACUGAUAAAUGUAUUGAUUUUUAUAUGAACUGAUAACCAUUAAUUAAAUAUUAAAAUCAUAAUUACAAGUUAUAUUAUUGUAGUAUAUCAUUAUAAACCAUAACUUUCUUACAGUUGCAGAAAAUAAUCUAUUUAUAUACAGAAAAUAACCGGAGAGCCCAAUUGAGCAGAAUUUUGGACUGUUAUUUUUGAAAAAAGGACUUAAAUAAUAAUUUUUUCUUUAUUUUUUUACACAAUGAAUUGAAACAUUAAAAAAUAUACAAUAGUGAUAAGGGUAAAAUAAGGAUUUAUCUUGCCAAUCUUUUGUCAUUCGUUUUUAUAAUAUUAGAUUAGGGAAAAAAAUGAUUUUACUUAUUUCACGUUGUAUGUGCACUUUUAAGAUCAAAAUUUUCCCAAAAAAUCAUUUGUUAAAAUCAUUUAAAAAUAAAAAUAAUAAUUUAUUUAUGAAGAUUUCAAAAAUCAAAGCAACAACAAUAAUGAAUAUCAAUGAUGCUUAUUAUAAAUAAGGAAGAAAAUGUUAUUAUCAAGUCAUAUAAGAGCAGACCACUGAUAAUAUGUUAAAACAUGUUUAAUUUUAACCGUAAGUUAUAUUAAUUUAUAAAUUAAUAAAUUAUAAACAUUAAAAAUAUCUAUGACAAAAACAGGUUUCAUAGUGGUUCAAAUGGAAAAUCAGUAGUAAAUAGUACAAAAAAAAGACAAGGCAAAAUCAAGACAAUUUAAGCACAGAAUAUUCUUUAAUUCAGAAUGACCUUAUUCUAUAAAAAAAAUAUGAAAGUUUUGAUCAUAUUUUAAUAUUUUGAGUACUGAAAAACUUACAAUAUUUUAUGGUCAGUAAAUUUAAAAUAAUUUUUAUUUAACUAGAUAAAAAUUAAUCCUUUAAACAGUUUGACUUAACAUAAUUUCAACAUCUGCAUAUUUAAGAAAAAGUAAAAAACAAAUUUAACCUUUAGGCACUCUCCAUCCUAAAAAGCUUCACCUCACCUGUAUGAAAGGACUGUCAGGCUUUAUAAAUAAACUAAGUGACCCAAGCAAAUGGAUCUAGGGAGAAUUAGGUUUGGUGCAUUUAGCACAAAAUGCUACUAAAGCAGAGAUGCUACACAUCAUAUAAGCCCAAACAAGAAGAACUUAUUAUAAACAUACUUUUUUGUAUAUUUAAUCUUAGCAUUUUGAACAGGAUCUCAUAAAAAAAAACAUUUUUGUUAUAUUGGUUGUUUUAAGGGAGUCAUAAUGGUGCUCUAAUACAGAAAAAAAAUCAAGAGAAAAGACUAAAAAAAUAUAUAUAGAAAAUUUCAGCCUUUGCAAACAUUUUUAGAAAUCCGGUUUUUCCAAGUAAAAAUCAUGGUAAAUUCUGUGCCAACCCUGUUUCUGCUAAUCUUAUAAUUUAGAAAUCCUGUAUCUAACUUAGAGAGUCCAGUGCGAGCAGUUUUAAAAUUUUCCAGAUUGAGGAUGUAAUUCUCUUGAUUUUGGGUCAAAAUCAUAGUGGGAAAUCUUACUUCCAGCAUUUUGUAGUUUUCUAAUAAGAUGAUAUAAAAACUUUAUUAUGAAGUCAUGAUAAAAUCGUUCAUAGGUUAUCAAUCAUUUUAAUUAGACUUAUUCGCUAGAAACGAGUCCUCAUUUUUCAAUGGACUACCUAACUUUGUCACACUAACACAUUUCUAUUGGCUUUGGAAAUUAUGAUUUGGUGGUGCUUUGUACAACAUGAAGUACUGAGUUGCCCCUUUAUCACAGCCUUGAUUAAACUUUUAAAAUAUUAGGGUUGCGCAAAUUACUAGUGGACAUGGUUUAUAAUGUCAGAAAUUCAAUAGCGAUAACGACACCACUAUUUAGGGUUAUAAAGGUUGAUAUGUAUAAUAGUAGAUUGAGCAUAACUGAAUAAAUCAUUCAUUCAAUGAGAACAUUUAAAGUUAUUUCAAAUCAAGUUCAAGAUUAAAGCUUUCAGAACAUGCAACAGUGUGAAUUUCAUUGAGAGAAGGUUAUUGCACUGUUUCUUUUCUCAGGGUGCAAAACAUAAAUCAUGAUUUAUUGAUCACCUCUAAUCAUUUCACCAACAGCAAACUUUGCAGCCAUUUGUUUUAAAUAGAACUUGAAAUAAACAGCCACUAUUUUAACAAUAAAUAUCCACAAAUUGCCAACUUUCAGCAUUUAAAAUCUUAUACUAUGCAUUGAUCUGUUUUGGGCGCAUCAAUUUUGACAAGUAGAAUGAAUUUACAUUCGUUUUAAAUGCUGUUGUAUUAAUUGGUUAAUAGAUUAUUUGUAAUCUGCUCCUCUGUAUGGUGGCACUAUCUCUUAUAACCACUUUACGUUCUGGCAACCCUUAUACUAAACCAGUUUGAGUUGCAUAAAUUUCAGUAAGUAAAUCUAAUUUCAUUCUAUAAUAGAAAUUUCAUGGUUAACUUCAGGGUAGCUGCUAAAAUAUGCUUAUGUCCGUGGAAAAACAUUCCAUUUUGAUUAUGGUUAAGAGUUUCUUUAAUUUGAAUUAUUUAUACACACACAACUUAGAAAUUAUGUGAGCAGAAUGAAGGUCAUUUGUUUUUACUUAUGAAAUAAUUUUUUUUUACUGUUUUUUACUUUAGUAGCAUACACCUAUUUAAGUAUAUAUAUAAUUAAGUAUUAUAGUAAAUUAACCAAGGGUUCAAAUUUCCUAAAUGUAAUAGUGCUUUAAAAGAACUACUAAUUUUCUUCUUCAAAGAAAUAAUUUCAAAUUCUGAAAGUGAGAAACAGCAAUUGUUUUUCUCUUUUAAAUUAUUUUACAAAAAAUGUCAAUCUUUUUAUUACAUAAAAUCUUUAGUGACUCAUAGUAGCAAUUAUCCUAACUUUAUGAAUAAUGAUAAGAUUACUACCAAGGUAGCUUUUUCACUUGGGCCAACCGUAGUUCUAUAUAUCCAUCAAAACUUAAAACAAUUUGAAAAGUUAAUUCAGAUUUAUAUUACACCUCUAAUAGUUUAGUUCCAAAUAGUUCUUUUACCUAUAAUACUAUAGGUUGGUUGUUCAGAUGAUUCCUUUUAUUCAUUCAGUUUUCAAGGAAACUAAAUUGCACUUUUUUUCAAAGAGUAAUUUAGCUAAUUGUUACCUCAUUUAUGUUGCGGCAAAUUUAUUUGUACAUAUAUUUUAAAAAAUACUUAUUUUCAUCUCUACAAAUUUAUAAUUCUGUUUAUCUUAAAUGUUACAUUUUUUAUAUAUUUUAAAAACGGUGCAAAAUUGAUAGAAAUAACAGACAAAUAAUUAUACUAGCAUAAUAUUUGUCUAUUAUUUGUCAACAAAAAUAUAUACUUUCUUUUAAAUUGUGUCAUUUGGUUUAAGGUGUUUUAAAGCACAAUAUAUAGAAUUUGGGGUACAUGAAGGGUGAGGAAUUUUUAUUUUGGAUUUCACUAGUUUUGCUACUAGCAAAAUCUCUGAUUUUUUCAAUUUUAAUGUAAGUGCUGGAUUUUGCAAACAGACAAAAAUGUUGUAGUUUUACUAAAUUGUAUUGAAUAAAAAUUAAAAUCAUAAUUUAAGCAAAUUAUAUUUAAAGAAAUUAUUUUGGAAAUCAGAAAACACUUUGAAGCUGACUUGUAAACUAUGAAACUCAUAAUAUAGAAUUCUUAUAACUUUUACUAACUAUGGCUACUUUUUUACUUGUUUAAGUGGACAUAACUAGUACCCCAUAACAUUUCACUGAGACAAAAACAAGGAAAUCGAUCCUUUGUAACAGUUAAUUUGAUUUAGCAUAUGAUAAUAUGUUACUAAAAUAUCAACUAAAUUAUUUUGUUGUGAAAUGUUCAAAAAAUGCCCUACAGUAAUCUUUGUGAAGUUUCAUUGAAACAACAGAAAUCCGGGACCAAAAGUAAACACGGCAAACAAAUUACAAUGUUUACUUUUGAAAAAUUGCAAAAUAAGGGCUUGAAUUUUCUUUCUUUUCCAUGACAUAAAACAACUUUUCUUCUCAAGAUUUAUUCAGAGACACUGUCUCCAUUAACUUAUUCAUAGUAAAAAAAGCUCAAUUGGAAACUUUGUGCAUACAGUCACAGGCGAAGACACAUAUAAUAACUAAACUUUUCAUCAGAAUAAAAAUUUCAAGAACAUGGAAAUGAGGGUUUUGAAAUUCACUGCUUGCAUGAUUUGAUCAGCUUUGUAGCAAAGCGUGAUUUUCAAAAGCAUAUAAGGCUGAUUUGAACAAAUUUGUUAUGGUUUCUUGUAGUGUACGAUGAAAAAAUUCAAUUGGAGCUUUAAAAAAAAAUGCAUUUCCGGAAUUUUUGGAGAUGGCUGGUUUCUCAACUGAAUGACACAAUUUUUAAUUUGUUCGUUUCUAAUUUUUUAUAUACUUUUAAAUGUUAGUUUAAAUUAGUAAUAAUAGAUUUCAGAUAUGGUUAAAAUUUUGUGAUGAUUUUAAGAAGAAAAUAGAGAAAACUAUACAGUUAACUAAAUGCAAAAGUUGUAUAAAGUUCUAAUUGUAUUGUUCACAUUUUGCAUGUUAUUACUGAAAAUUUAUAUGUAAAAAUUUCAUAAAAUAUUAAAAAGUACAAAAAUUUAUAUAUUCUAAUAACUUUAAUAUUUUAUUAUUUUGUGCUUUUAGAACUAUGAAAAUAAUUAUUUAUCCAUGUAGGAAUUUAAGUAAAUUAUUUUUUGAAGCUAUGAUAAAAUGGUUUUAAACUAUAAAAGUAUGUAACUAAAGUUAUAACAAUACAUUAACACUUAUAGAUAUAUACUUAAUUUCAAGGUGGAUAUCAAAUUAAUAUGUGUAUAGGUAAUUUACCAAUCUCAAAUUUAAUUUUAGAUCAUGAGCCCAAAUGUUAAAAUUUGUUGCUUGCUGGUUAUUUUUUCGUCUGAAUAUUGCUAACAAGAAAGAAAAAAAAAGACUGGCUUCUCUGUGUCUUUUUAACCAGUUUCAUAGAAAAAUAUUUGUUCUCAAACUUUGUAUGGGUUUUAAAAAAAUUGACAGUAAAAUAUAUUUGAAAAAAUGUAAUAAAAAUUAAUUAUAAGAACGUUAAAAACGUUUUGACAUUUGUUUAAAAGUAAGAGUAAAAAAUAAUUAUCCGCCUAAAGAGAGAAAACAAUGAAGGAUAAUUAUGUGAUAAUAACUUUACAUGUUAAUAGUUGGAUGUAUCACAGUUCAACAGUAAUUUCACAUAAGCACAGAUAAUAUGUAAAUAAAUUUGCAAUGUAGUUUUUUAAUUUUAGUGAAAUUAAUAAAUCAUUCAGCUAAUUUAACUUGUUUAGUAAUUAUAUAAAUUUAUUAUUUGGUUCUUAGUUGUUUAUUAUAUUACUAACUUUAAUAACUAAGUCUUUGUACUUAUUAUUUCACAUUCCCUACAAACAAUUACUAUUACAAUUGAUUGACUUUCAAAAUUAAAUAUUUACUUAUGUGUUUCCAACUUUUUGACCAAGUUUACCUAUGUUUUAUAGAUCUAUACAAAGUUGGCAAAGUUUUUGGCACAAUGUUAAAACAUGUUACAUCACAGUUUUUACCAUCCUAUCUAAAAAACUAUCUGUAACUAAAUUUUAUUGAAGUCUUAUUUAAACAAUAUUUAAAGAUUUGAAGAAUCUGCAAUAACUGUAAAACACAUAAUCAACUUUUUAAUCUAUGUUAAAUGUUAAUACUUGUCUUUAAAAUAUAUUUAAUAAAAUUCAAUUGAAUAAAAAAAAAUUAGUUUUAGUUGAACUACAUAAAAUUUCGAUUGCAAAGGUUGGUAAAUAUUAAUUGCAACUAUAAAAUUAAUUAUAGUUUGUUAUUAUUACAUACGUGAUUUGUGUAAUCUUAUGAAUACACGACCAAAGCUUUUCUGUCUUAAACUAUUGACUAAAAUUAGAUAUUGUAGAACAAUGUUUUUUGAGGCAUAAUAAAUACUUAAGAAACUGGUGAAAACAAAAGCUUACUAGUUAAGUUUGUAUGUGCUAAUAAUGACUAUGAAUUUUAAAUGCAGUCUUUUUAAAUAUUGUUGGAGUCAUUUAUAAUAUGUUAUGUGCAUUUUUAUUGUAAUUAUGUAAUUUAAAGAGCACAAUGGAUUUUGGGUUUCAUAUUAAACAUUUUUUAAUAAAUAUUUAAAUUCAAAUAUUUAGUAAAAAAUUAGAAUGAUUCAAGAGUUUUAAUUAUUUUUGAAAUUAUAGGUUUUGGGCAGUAAAUCCCAGGUGUCCUGUCAAAAAUCCAAACCCUAAAUCCAUGAGCAACAAUUGUAAUAGUUUAUUUUUUAAUGAGUUUAUUAAUAGUCAAAUUUGUGAAAUACAUCUAUUUUAUCCAUG